AUGUCUUCAACAAGUACUGAAAGCUGGUACAGCCGUCUAGAACGGAAAGGAGAAGAAGUGGAUUGGGAAAAGUUUCGAGUUACAAAAGAACAAUUGGAAACAUGGACUCGAAGUAGACAUGACGGAAUAAGCCACAAAGAUGAAGUGAACCAGAAAGGAACAGCUUGUGAUUUGAUCUACAAAUACGUCGAUCAUUUUCCGAAAACAGAAGAAUCACAUGCUCAUUAUUUGCAAAUAACUGCUGUUGCAUCUGUAAUCCUUCAUCGCUAUUUCAUAAUACGUUCAAUUCGGAAUAGAGAGAUGGACGAGGUAGCAGCUGGUUGCGUCAUGGUUGCUUGCAGAAGUGCAAGAGUUUAUAACGUGUCCGAUAUUGUUCUGGAUUAUCUAGGAUCAUUGAAAUAUGGCUCGAGAAAAGUUCACUAUCAAUGUCAAUUGAUAGAGAUGAUGUGUGCCGCAGAAAGAGACAUAGAAGACGCGAUAGGCUUUGACUGUCUGGUUACCAUUCCUCAUGAGCAUUUGGCGAAAAUGCUAAAAGUGCUCGACGAGAAGGUGAAGUUCCCGGAAAUUCAUUGUAAAUCUUUUCUUCUGGCGACUGAGUUACUUCUCAUCACUGAAUGGACAUUGACUCACUCUCCAUCAACAAUUGCCAUCGUCUGCAUUAGAAUGGCUUUGACGGCGCAUAAACUAAACCGCGCAAAAUUCGUCCCGGAAGGUGUGAUGAGCGAUUGGUUCAAAUUAUUUGACACUGGUGUAACAGAGAGUCUUUUGUUUGAAAUGAUCCGAGAAGUUUUGGCCCAUCAAAGAGUGAAGAAUGAUGAAACAAGUAGGCUGUCCAAAGCUUUAUGUUUGACGCCUACUCCUAGGACUACUCGAAAAGGCACCAUGCCGAAAACAAGAACUUCCAAAUCUUCAAAGAAGAAAAGUUCCGAUUCCAACGGAGGAGAGGAAUGCCAAGUGCCAGGGGGAAUUCCAGCAUUGAUGGGCAUAAGGCUCACGCCAAAUUUCAUUCCGAAAGGGACUCAGAAAUCCGUCGAAUCGUCUGUCCAGUGCAUCCGCUCAAAAUCAACAAAGUACGAACUCAAAAUUCCGAAGGAUUACAAAAGAAAAAUGGGUUCAUCAAGAAGGGGAAAACGGAAGGAUAGUUCAACGAAACAGAAUGUUCAAGGAAUGACUGGUGAUGGCUCUUCCGGAACGGCCCCUGAGCAAGUCGACAACACAGCUUCUCCAGAAGCAAAUCCCAGCAACUCUGAUACUUCUCAAAACAUCCAAAAUUUAAAGCUCAAAACGACCAGUAAGCUUUUACAAUACCUCAACUCAUUGUGCUGGUUGAGAGGUGAUCGUGCAAGCUUACCAGUCAAAAAUCAUGGAAAACUCGACAGUCUUAUUGCUUCAGCAGUUUCUCGUCUAGAAAACAAUGUAGCUGUUCUUCUACUCAUUGCACUGAUGCCACCAACUCAAAAACUACGAAACACCAAAAUGCAGCAACCAGAAGAACCAGAAAUCCGUUUCAAUUUGACACGAGCAGCUUUGUAUUACUACAAUAACCUUCUCCAUGGCUGCAAUACUCAGACUUGCUGUUUGGCUCGUUUGGGAAUGGCUGGCACUCCACGCUUCGAAGAGCUCACCCACGCUUGCCGUCUUUUGCGUCUUAUUCUCAACGUGGGAAGACAACUCUUCAGUGCCAACGGUUAUUUCAUUGUCAACAGCAAAAUUCAAGAAUUCGACCGCAUCGACCGUGAUUUUAUCUUCUGA